AUGAGAGCUACUCUAAUCAGGACCGGUUCGUCACCGGUUAACGGUUCACCGAAGGGCUCUUUCUCCGGCUCAGGCGAGGAUUUCGUUUACUCGUUAGUGUUCUCCGGAAAAAAUAAGAAGUCGUCACUGUCAUCGUCGCCGCCACUGCAUUUGGAGAUCAAGGACAAGAGGACUAUCCGGCGUGCGAUGUUGGAGGCUGACUGUCGGAUCUUGCUCUUUCCGGCUAAUAUUCUGGAGGAGGAGGAUGAGGAGGAAGAGAUCUGCUAUGGUGUUGUGGAUCACUGUGGAAUGUCAUGGAACGUAUUUGUGACGGAAAAAUCUAACUUCGUCGAUGGCAAAGGAAUGAAGGUCGGCGGCGCCAGAGGUAGUACUGAUCAGAAGAAAAUCAGUGAUUAUUAUAAAAUUAUUUUGAAAUCUAACCCUGGAGAUCCACUUUUGUUAAGGAAUUACGAUCAACACUUACAUCAGGUAGAGAAAGAUGCAGUGAGAGUUGAAGAGUACUAUGGAAGAGCAAUUUAG